AACUAUCUUUGACUUUAUGAUCUGCCUGCUGAAUGAUGAAUCAAAAGUCAUUAACAGUCCUUUCUUAACUAUUCCAGAAACAAAAUUAGUAGAAAUCUCUAAUACAAGUAAUACUAUUACCAAAGUUAAACUCAAGCUCGAACUCAAACUACCAGAAAAGAAAUCAGAUAAACAGGAUGAAUUGACUCAAGCUCUCUUCAAUUUUGUGGCAGAACCAGUUGCCUUAACAUUUAAGACAUCUGAAACUUCUAAGAUUUCUGAAUCAUCUAAGCCAAUAAUUAAUGAAACUGAAAUUGAGAAACUUCUCAAAUCUAUUAAACUAAGUAAUAAGAUAUUAUGCAAAAUGCCUCUUAGCCUUUUCAUUCUCUUAUUCAAAGCCUA